GACUUUUUUGCCGCAAUGUGCGCUUUUUUUUGUUUAUUUUUGUGAAGAUUAAUAAACUUGUAAUAUACUCAUAUGAGAUUAACUAAUAUUUAGUAUUUUUUUUAAUAAAGUUAUCAAAUUAGAACUGAAGUUCGACCAAUUUUAAUAUUGUGUCCAUGAUACAGACUCCAUGUGGCCCUCAAAGAUGAAAGUGAAUAAAAAACUGCUACCAAUUAAGGGGCAUUUCUUUUUAUUCAACGCAGGUACUGCGCCACUUGUGUCCUAUCUAUCUACCUAUGCGAGACAAUUAGGAUUUACCUCGACCACAGUCGGUCUCAUAUACACAGUGCUGCCAGUCUUCGGACUCAUAGCAAAACCACUGUUUGGUGUCAUUGCUGAUAGGCUCAAAAUCCAAAAGUCACUGUUCAUUUUGUUCCAAGUAGUGACAAUGGUAAGUUUCCUGGCGAUAUACUUCAUACCGGAGAGCGGGGCGAAGGUGUCCGUGGAGUUAGACUGCGGGGACUCUGCCACCACGCUCCGAAGCUGCUACGACUCCGCGGACCAAAUUGACAAGUGCAAAGUGAGCUCCUUGUCAGACUCCAGCGGCAACUCUACCGCCACCUGUGAAAUGAGCUGCGGCAUGACGUCGCCAAAGAUGUGGCAAACAGUUUGCGAGCACUGGCACAUACCGAAGUACUGUUACAGCGACGCUAGACACAUAGAUUACACUGCAUUCAUAAACAAUGUGCAUGCAAAUGACUCCUGCGUGUACAUGGCGUCCAAUAAAGUCAUACUCGACGGUUUCUCCUACGUACCUAGUUGUCGCGUCGGCUCCGGCUAUGUGGACAUAAACGAGCCAUGCUCCCUCGAUUGUGACAAUCAAAAUUUGGCAAACUUAAUCGGUUCUAAUGAGGCCAAUAUGACAUGCUUGGACAAAAUGCUCAAUUUUAGGGUGUGCAAUAAUAAUACUCAGGAUUUGGCCAACAUUACCGGGGAUUCUUAUAGCAAAUGUCAGGCGUCGUGCGAGCUGGCCCCGCACGCGCCGUGGCGUCUGAUGGAGAUCUGCGAAGGCUGGGGCGCCGACGCAGCGCAGACGUGUCGCCCGGGUACUCCAGAGCCGUUGCCCGCCAGCCUCGCCUUCACCGGUACGGUGACGCUGAACACGUUCAUGGCGGAGCACAAGUGUGUGUACGUGCACCUCAAACAAAUACAGCUGGAGGACGGUUCCAUACACUACCCGUACUGUGGCUCAAAAGCAGCGUAUCAAAUAGGCGAUGAAUUGUUUCACUCCACUUGCGACAUCACAUGUAAUAACGAAAUGGUGAACGAAUUGUUUAAAUCAGCGUCUGAGAGCCACGCCGACGACAGCACUCAGUACUCGAUGCAGUUCUGGCUGUUCUUCCUGCUCAUGAUCAUCAGCUGGGUGGGGCAGGCGGUGGUCGUCACCUUCGCCGACGCUAUAUGCUUCAAUCUGUUGGGCACAAAGAUCUCCCUGUAUGGCAAGCAGAGGUUGUGGGGCUCCGUGGGCUUCGGAUUGUUCUCGCUGCUCACCGGCGUGCUCAUCGACGCUUUCAGCUCGGGCGCGGUCAAGAACUACACUGUGGCCUUCGUGCUCAUGUUCGUGUUCCUGUGUGGAGACGUGCUCGUCUCCUGUUAUAUAAAGGUCGAGUCAACGAGAAUGUCCGUCAACAUGAUGGCAGACAUCGGCAGUCUCCUGACGUCGUUGCCCACAGUGGUGUUCCUGCUGUGGACGGUGGCGGUGGGGCUCUGCACGGGACUGAUCUGGCAGUUCUUGUUCUGGCACAUCGAGGACAUAGCCGGCCUGUCGUGCGACGGAGCGGCGUACGUGAAGACACUGCAAGGAUUGGCCAGCGCCAUACAGACGUUCGGCGGAGAGAUACCCUUCAUGUUCGUCUCUGGUCACGUCAUCCAGAAGUUCGGUCAUACGAACACGAUGUCCCUGGUGCUGUUCGGUUUCGGCGUCCGCUUCCUGCUGUACUCCGUGGUGACCGACCCGUGGUGGAUCCUGCCCAUCGAGAUGUUCCAGGGGAUCACGUUCGGGAUGUUCUACCCCACUAUGACGUCGUACGCCACUGUCGUAUCCCCGCCGGGAUCCGAGACCACUGUGCAGGGUCUAGUGGGCGCAGUUUUCGAGGGUGUAGGCUCAUCGUUGGGCAGUUUUAUCGGCGGCCGACUGUACGCCGCGUACGGCGGCUGGAACACGUUCCUGUACUUCGGUAUUGGCGCGCUCGUGGCGUGCGCCGUGCACGCGCUGGCGCAGCUGGCGCUCGGGAGACGCGCGCACCUCGACGCGGACCGAGGUUAUACAUCAGUCAUCAAAUACGGCCAAGAGAACGAUACUGUUCACAUAUUAGAAGAAAUAAACGAUGCCAGCUAACAUUGUCUACAUUACGGUUUCUUAUGAAUAGGAAAUAUUGGUUGUGCAAUAUAUUUAUAUCAAAAGUUCCUAUGAAAUUAGAUUUAGUGAUUUAUAUGUAUAAGUUCGGGUACUUUAAUGAGAUUAUAAUGGUCAGUGAUAUGUACACCUGGCUGCACUGAUGUCUCGCUCAAUUAAUUUUUAAGAAGUUUUAUAUACGAUUGGUAUUAACAUAGUGUGUGAUAAAAUAAGUGAAAUAAAUACUUUAUUUAUAAAAAAGUAUACACGGAUGCGUAUAACACGUCAUGUUGUCUUAAAUGUGUUUUCUUGGUGUAUUAUUAUGAAUUAGGUCAAGUAUACAAGAUCCGAGGAUAAUAGUUCAAUCAAAAUAGAAGCAAAAUGUAAUAAAUAAACGUUUGUCAUUUACUCGUAUUUAAAAAAAACAUUCAAUACCAACUAACAGUAUUUAAAUUAUGUAAUGAAUAUUAACCCGGCAUGAAUGAAGUGACAAAUAGUUACACACUGUGACAAACUAUAAGUCACAACUGCGAGGUGGGUUUCAUCAUCAUCAUCAUUGAGCAUCAUCAUCAUCACAGCCAAUGAACGACCACUGCUGGAGGGGAUAAGCCACCACGCUAGCCCAAUGCGGAUUGGCAGACUUCACAAACGCAGAGAAUUGAAAAAAAAUCUCUGGUAUGCAGGUUUCCUCAUGAUGUUUUCCUUCACCGUUUGAGACGUGAUAAUUAAUUUCCUAAAAUGCACACAACUGAAAAGUUGGAAGUAUAUGGAACGGACCGGGUUCGAACCUAGUCAUAUCCUCUGGGCUAUCACGGAUAAAAUCCAUUACUUAGCUUAAAAUCUUCUCAGCGUACAAACUCGGGAAGCGUCUUUGUAUUUAUAUGGGUUGAUAACGACGAACGAUACACAUAAUAAUGAUACAUAUUUUAAUAAAUACUUCUAACAUGUAACCAACUAAAAUACUGAUAUAAUAGAUAUGUUAAUAGAUGACCAUUUUAGAGUUAUGCGAAUUGUAAAAAGUGUCGGAAAAAGUUAAGACCCCGGGAGCUUCUAUCGCACCGCUGCCGAAUUCAUUCAAUAUAAAAAACUAUGCAUGGUCCACCAAAGCAUGCAUUCUAAUGCAUGCUUUGUUUUGUAUAUCAUGCUUUAAUCAAUUUACACAAAAACUUUACAAAUUUUAAACCGAAACCUUCCUCAUAAAUCUAUACUAAUAUUAUAAAGAGGUAAAGUUUGUAAUUUUCUAACAUUCUUUGAAAGGGGUAAUCUUCGGAACUACUGGUCCGAUUUUAAAAAUUCUUUCACCAGUAGAAUGGCACGUUAUCGAGGAGUGCUAUAGGCUAUUUUAUAUUGGUAUCAUAUAUAUUAGCAGAGUUAUCACAGUUUUUGUCAUACAGGUCGGACCGACACUCCUCAUAAACAAACUUAUUUUCAUGCGCUGCCUUAAUCAUUGUGUAAAAUGGAAAUCAAUGUAUGGGGGCUUUAUGCACCUUUAUAAGUACUACAAAAAAUUCCGCGACGCCAUAUAUCUAUCUUCUAUAUAUUAGCAGAUAUAGUACCUUUUGUGUUUGAAUAUUAUUAAUUUUAUAUAGGUACGUAGGUUUACGUCAUUAUUUAUACAACUAAACUUAAAUCCUUAUCAAAAUAAAUUAUUUAAUCAUCACAAGUAUAUUAUAAAAAUAACAUUUUCCCUUUACAGUAUAUUAAUUAGUUACAUAGUUUUGGAGAUAACACAAAAUUUCUAAAAGACGCGAGAAUGCCGCUAUAUGACGCCCAGAGGUUUCAGUUAAGUAGUUCCCGUUCCCGUGUGAAUAUGGGGAUCGAAUUACACGAUAUCGAUUAGCCUAUGACACUCGCAAAUAACGUAGCUUUCUAUUGGUAAAAGAAUUUUAAGAAUCGGAUCAGUAGAUCCAGAGAUUACCCCCUACAACCACACACUUUGCCUCUUUAUAAUACUAGCAUAGAAGCCCCAUUUCCUUUGGUCAUCGCACCCCGCUCAAAGGGCUGGACCAAUUUUGCUAAGGGUAGGGGUAGGGUAGGGAUAGAAUAGGAGUAAGGUACGGAAGGUGUAGGGUAGGGUACGGGUAGGUUAGUAUAGGGGUAGGGUACAGGUAAAGUAGGGGUAGGGUAGGAUUAGGGGCAGGGUAGAGUAGGAUAGGAUUGGGUAGGUUUAGAUUGGUAGUAAGGUAAGUUAGGGGUUAUGGAAGAAGUGCACAUAAGUGAAAGCGAACCUUGGCCGGGUCCGCUGUUGAAUAUAAUAUUUUGAAAUAGGGGUUGAAAGUUGACAUCGAUUUUUACGAGGACGAAGUCGCGGGCGUCCGCUGGUCUAUCAUAAAAACAUAAAUUCCACCCCUUAGUAUUUCACAAGAUCCCAACAUAACGCCUGAAACCUACCAAAGUCUAUUCAGAAUAUACAAAAAAAAAACAACUUUCAACAAAGUUUCAACACAAUAGCAAAAGGUCAAGAGGAAGCCAAAAAUAUUAUGUUUUUUAAAAAACGUGGAAAAACUCUGCGAUAAUUGCCAUCCUUUGUGAAUUGUAAAAAGUGUCGAAAAGAUAUUUUCUUUCAAACUUUGCGUAAGAUUGAAAGAAAAUAUUCUCAAGUAGGUAACUCAUGAAACUGAAAUGAAAAUAAAAUAAUAUUAACUAUACAAACACAAUAAAAAUGAAGAAACAAUAAUAAACAGAGAGUAAAGUUUGUGCUGUUGUAGGAGGUAAUCUCUAGAUCAACUGAACCAAUUUUGAAAAUUCUUUUAGUUGUAACGCAAUAACCAGCGUGGUGGACUAAGGCUUAACCCUUCUCAUUCUGAGAGGAGACUCUUGCUCAACAGUGAGCCGAAUAUGGGUUGUUAAUGAUGAUGAUGACCUAGGCUCCUUAAUUGGGUGAUAAUAUUUACUCUUAUGACUUACACUACCAGAUAUUAUUUAUAAUGACCAGGACCGACGACAUCUCGUGCUUUCCUUACAUAAAGCUUAUCACUACUGACUUUAUUUUGGGUAAGUACUGAAAUAAAAUGAUAUUCUUAAACUCGCAUAACGUUUAAAUUUGUUCGCCAUGGUUGGGGUGCGUGGCGGCUCUCACAAAAUAAGUUUUCGACAGCUGUUUUAUAUAUUGGGCUAUUGUGGGGAGAUCUAGGUCUCUAUGUAAUUCGUUAUUGCGUAUAAACCACGGAGCGUGAUUUAUACGCAAUGACGCAUGUAUCGCUUCUGAAGGACCUGAAGGGGUUUUAGAGUCGCCUUUGGAUGGCCAUCCAUCCAAACUGCUCUCACUUCCGAGCUGAGAAUUUUGACUAAUUUCAGAAAGUUCAGUCAACACAGGAUUCGAAACGACUCGAACCUAGUCUUGAAUUAUUGUAUUGUAAAUGUAGUGCUGUCCUGUGUGCAAUGUGAUUCAGUACAUUUGUUAAUAUUAGGUAGUUUAAUAUAUUCUCACAAUAAAACAAGAAAUCUGUUUGUAUUUGUAUAUAAAAAUAUAUUAAGAUAGUAUCGAUGAGUAUAUAGCCCGGGAUCUGUGGAACAUUUUUACAAUUGAUUACUCAUCAUCAUCAUCAUCAUAUCAGCCGAUGGACGUCCACUGCAGGACAUAGGCCUUUUGUAAGGACUUCCAAACAUCACGAUAUUGAGCCACCUCAAUGGUGGCUCAAUUGAUUACUGUCAAAUUAAUUUUCCGUGAGUAGCUUCAUCUUGAUGAGACGCUCAACUGUUUUAUUUACGGAAAUUCUUGAUUCUGGUAGUCACGCUGAUUAAAAGUGGAAGUGGGAAAAAUAGGUAUUAUUGUGCAAUAUGUACUUUUUUAUUUUUAGUCUAAUAAACGUUUGUUUUCUUUA